UAGCAAGACGAGUCAAUGCCGAUGAGGUCUUUGAGAGGGAUUUCCCUGUUCGGGCGAUUGCAGGGAUUCAGAAGAUUAUCUGUGGAGUCGACAGGACGCUUCGAAGAUGACUUUCACAUGAGAAAAAUCCCGGUGACAGAGACUCAGAGGAAGAUUCUGUCCAUUGGAUCCUCAGUGGCGGCAUUGUUGGAUCCAAGAAGGCACGAUAUGAUAGCGUGUCUGGGCGAAACAACAGGCGAGGUGGCACUGAGGCGCAUCCACAAGGAGAUGAAGUCAUGCGAAGAGGGCCUGCAGAUCCUCGACGAUAUGCCACGCAUCAAUUCUCGCACUGUGGACCUCGAGAGCCUGGGAAAACUGCCCGCAGAUACAUUUGGUCAUCACUAUUGGAAAUUCCUGAGUGACAAUGUUAAGGUCACGCCAGACUCGAGGAUGGAGGUGAGAUUCCUGGAGGACGCCAAACUGGCAUACGUGAUGACACGAUACCGAGAGUGUCACGAUUUGAUUCACACCGUUUUAGGGAUGCCCACAAAUAUGCUUGGAGAAGUGGCUGUAAAGUGGGUAGAGGCACUUAAUACCGACUUGCCAAUGUGUUGGGGUGGAGCCGUAUUUGGGGCAGCCAGACUAAGGCCAAAGCAACGGAAGAUGUAUGUGCAGCAUUACUUACCGUGGGCGAUUUCUGUGGGAAAAGCCGCCAAGCCACUGAUGUCGGUGUACUGGGAGAAACGCUGGGAGCAGAGAAUUGAUGAACUGAGGGAUGAAUUGCAGAUAAAAAUGCUGGAAAUUCAUGAAUAAAUUUGUAUUAUGGAUGAUG